GGCCUUUUUCCAAUCGCCGGUGAGAUCUCUCCCAUAAAAAUCUCGAGCUCCCGAGAUCAAAGCUUGGGUUUUUAAUGGGGUUCGUUUCGUUCGCUGGGAGGGUUCUCUUCGCCUCGGUCUUUCUUCUAUCUGCUUACCAAGAGUUUUCUGAAUUUGGUACUGAUGGAGGACCAGCAGCAAAGGCACUGAAACCCAAGUUUAAUGUUUUUGUAAAGCAUUUAGCUUCCCGGGGCUUAGUUGUGCCGCCUCAUAUUGAGAUGAGACAUGUCAUCGCUGCAACAAUGGGGCUGAAAGGACUUGGUGGCCUACUGUUCAUUUUCAGCAGCUCCUUCGGAGCUUACCUCCUGCUGCUCUACUUAGCAUUUAUUACUCCAAUCGUGUAUGAUUUCUACAACUAUGAUAUCGAAAGGCCAGAAUUUGUUCAACUUUUCAUCAAAUUUACUCAGAACUUGGCUCUCUUUGGUUCACUGCUCUUCUAUCUUGGGAUGAAGAAUUCAAUCCCAAAGCGACAACCCAAGAAAAAGGCUCCGAAGUCCAAGACAGUUUAAGUAGGAGACAAGUUGGGGUGUGUUGUACCCCUUGAUGCUACAUGGCUAUCUUGAUAGUUUGUGCUUGUUCUUGUUACAUGUAUUCGAUUCAUUUUGUAUGGGACUAUGGGGCACAUGUUUAAGAGAUAUUAUCGGUUGAUUAGGACUGCUUCCCAAAUACUUCAUAUGUUGGGAAGUUGAGCAUAGACACGGCAUAUUUGUAUUUCUAGGUCAGUUCUGUAGGAUUCUGUUCUUGAAACAAGUUAUUGAAUUCCUGUGCUGUAACUGCUAUAUCUGAGCUCGGCUCAGCAGUCUAUUUCCCAUCUUGUACGUGCUGCUUA